AUGGUGCAUCAGGCUCAGGGACAGAUGGUGCAGGAGGUGGCCGCCGCCGGCCUCCCCACGCUGCCGACCCGGUACGUGCUGAGGGAGGAGGACCGCCCGACAGCCCCACCAACAACCGGUGGCGUCGCGGCGCCCGAGCUGGCGGCCUUCCCCACCGUGGACGUGCAGCGUCUUGCCGACCCCGGCGACGUCGAGGAGGCCGACAAGCUCCGGUCGGCGCUCCAGUCCUCGGGCCUCUUCAAGGUGACCGGUCACGGCAUGCCAGUGGCGCUGCUGGAUGGCGUCCGGGACGCCGGGGUGGAGUUCUUCCACCUGCCCUUGGAGGAGAAGCUGAGGCACGCGAACCGGGACGACGCCGGCGAGUUCCAGCCCGAGGGGUACGGCAUCGACCGCGUGGACACGGACGAGCAGGUGCUGGACUGGUGCGACCGCCUGUACCUGACCGUGCAGCCGGAGGAGGAGCGGCGGGCGCAGUUCUGGCCCGCGCGCCCGCCGGCGCUCGGGAGGCUCCUGCACGAGUACGCCCUGGGCAGCGAGCAGGUGGCGAAGCGCGUGCUCAUGGCCAUGGGGCGGCUGCUCGGGUUCGGCGAGGAGUUCUUCCUCGACCACGUCGGCGAGAGGGGGGGCACGUACGCGCGGUUCACCUACUACCCGCCCUGCCCGCGCCCGGACCUCGUGUACGGGCUCAAGCCGCACACCGACAACUCCGUCGUCACCGUGCUCCUCCUCGACCGCGACGUCGGCGGCCUCCAGGUGCUGCUCAGGGAGGAGGGUGGCGGAGACGGGCGGUGGGUGGACGUGCCCGUGCUCGCCCGCGACGAGCUGCUGGUGGUCGUGGGGGAGGAGAUGGAGAUCAUGAGCAACGCCGUGUUCAGGGCGCCCACGCACCGCGUGGUGACGAGCGGCGAAAGGGAGAGGAUGACGCUCGUGCUCUUCUACCAGCCGGAGCCGCACAAGGACCUGCAGCCCGCGGAGGAGCUGGUGGCCGAGGACCGCCCCGCGAUGUACAGGAAGCUCAAGGCCAAGGCCUUCGGCGACGGCUUCUGGGACGCGUUUGCGCUCGGCGAGCGCACCAUCGACUUCCUCAACAUCAAGGUCGACGACAGGGAGUCAGCUGGGAGCAUGCCGGAGGCGGCGGCGGCUUAA